GCGUAUUCUGUUUUAUUAUGUUUGGUUGUCUUAAUUCUGACAGUUGUUUGCUUGUACGUUUACAAAAACGUACAAUUGAAACUACAACAAUAAAUGUAGCGUUUUUAAGAGAAGAAACAUCACAACCCUCCAAAGCCUCAUUUCCUAGGUUCACUUCUACUGUAACCAUAGUAACGCCGAUAAGCUAACUAAAAAGUUCAAGUGUUAGCUACAAAGUGUAUACAAUGUCCGAGCCACAGUAUGCCGAGGGUUCACCUUCAAGAAAAGAAGAAAGAAAUUCAACACCCGAUGUUUUGAUACCGGAGAGCCAUGAGAGGUUUAUGGAGUCUCUGUAUGAAUUUAUUGAACAUGAGAAACGGUACCUGCGGUUUACCGAGGAGGAACCGGACGAACUGAGAUACCUGACCUACCGAUCCGCCUUUAAUAAGGUGAUUGCGCGGUCAACGACCUAUAAGAGGCUUUUGUUGACCAUAAAAGCGGAGUAUGAUGAUGUCAUCAGGGUGACGAAGGCAAGGGAGGCGGAGUUCGGAUUGGUUCAGAAGAAUAGGGAUGCUUCGUCGUCCAAACUGAAGUCACUGAUGAGCUGUAACAGUCAAAUCGCCAACCUACGAGAAAGGAUCUGUGACCUUCAGAGGGAAGCUGCAGAACUUCAGCAGGAGACCAGGAGACUGAAGUUAUGUAAAGAGCAGACUGUGUGGAUACCAGGUGCGACACUGGCUCAGUCAGAGGAUCUGGAUCUUCUGGACAAACAUCUGGAGCAUCUGGAGGCGGUGAAAGCUGCUCUGCUGGACCAGAGGAGGCGCUGUGUGUCUGUGGACAUUAACACCAAGCUGGUCACUCAACUCCAGGCUGUACAGCUCCAACAACACCAGCUCAACAGCGAGACCAGCCGACGGAGGCUCCUAUAUCGACGUCUCCGGUGUGUAUGUGACGCUCUGUCCCGCUGGGAGGGAGGGGGGCAGCAGGUUCCUCUGGAGGAACUCCUGGGUUCCACACUGGAGAACAUCAGACAGACCAGGGUGACAGAUGAGGACAUCUGCAGCAUCGACGCCGAGGUGUUCGAGAGUGAAGAGCCGACUGAAACUGAUGGGUCCAAACUUCUGCCAGAUUAUCUAGACAGGUUUGUUGGGCUGUUUGAGUCGGCGCAGUAUGAAGAGGCUGCUCUUCUCGCUGCCCAUUCUCCUGGAGGAGUCCUAAGGAACGUCCACACCAUGGACAUGUUUAAAGGUAUGCGGGGGUCCCCGGGGUCCAUCCCUCCUUUCCUUCUCUACUUCCAGGCCCUGCUGAUGACCCUUCCAGCUGGGGAGGCACUAUCAGCUAGUGUUUCCCUACAGGGCGUCCACUGUGCCCUUGAGCAAAGCGCCUCGCAGCUUGUCACCCACGCCAUCACUCAGAACAAACUGACCUUCUCUGAGGAUUUGGGUGAUAUCCUGACUGAGCAUGCUCAGAAGAAGCACACAGAGGCUGACAUGUUUCUGGCAUUGUCCACCAUUGUCUACGAAGCUUGCGGGCUACGUACGAAGACUGCACUGAGCAUGUGCAGGAGAGGUCUCAUUCAUAGUGCUGCUGAGUUCAUGAGCAACUGUGAAGGCUUCACAACUGAGGACUGCAUGUGGGUCAUAUGUCGCUCGCCCAGCCUCUCUCUCCUCCAGCUCUUGGCGGGGCCUCACAGGGGCCGGGCACCCAUCAUGUCAGUGGGCGUGGCCUGUUCCACGCUGCUCACUGAUUCACUGCAGCCGGAGCUGGCCCUGCAGCUCCUGGACAGCUUCAUCAGCAGAGGACCAGCGGUUCUGGAGGAGGUGAUCCUGGAGGACCGGGAUGCCUCUGUGGACGUUUGGACUGACGUGGUAUCUCUGUGCUCCGGGUUGAACCGCUCCGACCUGAGCCAGGCCGUCCUGUCCGUCCUACUGGGCCAGAAUCAGAACAGAGUCGUGUCCCCGGACCUGGAGGGGGCCCGGCUCAUGGAACACGUCUACAUGUGACCUGAACAUGAAAAGCCCUCUUCAGUGUUAAUAUUGGAGAAAGACAGGAAUGUGGUGAAACUGUAGGAGAACAGCAUCCGCACCAGUCAGACACAGAGAAGAGAGGCAUUCUGGGAUACACCGAGAGCUGAAAUGUGUCAAGAAUGUGUUCCAGCAGAAGCAGGACAGGAGGAGGCUGCUCUGACAGCAGGACGCCACGGCCAGCAGCACACACCGCACACUCCACAGCAUCUGACACUUCUUUGGACCAGGCCCCAGCACCUGCACAAACCCAGGUUCUGCAAAAACUGGGACUGGGAAGUGGGCAUUCUGCAAAUUUUGAAUACAAAGUUUUAUAACACAAUAACAAUAUUUUCACUGAUCAGCC